CAGUGUACCAAAGAAAUAUUAAUCUACAUGUAUUUUGAAGUGUAUUCUAAAUACAAAACUGUGGUCUACAUGCUGCAAUACACCAAUACUGUAAAUAUAUGUUGUCCUAGCGAGGCACCAGUUCCUUCUUAGAAAUGGUGAUUUCCAGGUGGGUGACCUAAAGAGCCUGUCAUGGUCUUUGGGGACGGUCAGCCUUUGGGAACCCAAUCAGACUGAUGUCACUCAGUAAAAGACAAAUUCACGAGCAGAGCUUUACAUCUAGAGCAAGGCACAGAGCUACUGGUCCAAGAAUGUACGGGUUCAUCAACACCUGCCUAAAGUCUCUAGUCAUAGAGAAAUUUGGUGAAGAAACCUGGGAGAAACUAAGGACACAAGCUGAGGUUCAGGACACCUUUAUGACAUAUCAGGUUUAUGAUGAUGACAUCACAGUCAAGCUGGUAACAGAAGCUUGUAAAAUGCUGAAUGUCUCUGCAGAAGUUGUUUUGAAACUCUUUGGAGAGUAUUUCUUCAAUUUCUGUAAGCUGUCGGGGUAUGACAGAAUGCUGCGGACGCUGGGAGGAAACCUAAUGGAAUUCAUUGAGAAUCUAGAUGCUCUCCAUAGCUUCUUGUCACUUUCCUAUCAGGAAAUGAAUGCCCCCUCUUUUAGAGCAGAAAGGAGGGAGGAUGGAGAAAUGCUGCUUCACUACUACUCUGACAGAAGAGGCCUGUAUCACAUAGUGCCAGGUAUUAUAGAAGCUGUAGCAAAAGACUUCUUCAACAGUGAAGUGAACAUGACCAUACUGAAUCAAUCCGAGGAAGAGGAGCGCACAGGGCAGAAGGAGCAUGUGGUGUUUCUGGUCACCCAAAAGAAAAACGUGCAGAAAAGAAAAGAAAAGGAAAGAGGAGGAAAAGGCAUGGAUAAACUACGGGACAAAGAGGAAACCGAGGAAGCCCUGGGAAAAAUGAAGGAGAAAUACUCAGCACUGUCCCACUGCCCGGUGAAGAGGACACACUGGGAGAUUGUGAGGAGUAUUGUCAUGAUUGGCCAUGGCAACCUGUCAAAUUCGUUCAUACCGUCCUACCCAGACACACUGUGGAUCGAAGCGCAGGCUUUCUGCAAUGCAUUUCCCUUCCACAUCGUCUUUGACAGGGCUCUCAAAGUUAAGCAGGCAGGUGUCAACAUCCAGAAAUUUGUGCCAGGAUUACAGACCUUUGACAUCCAGUUAGACGAAUACUUCAGCAUCGUUCACCCUGAGGUGACCUUCACAAUCGAGAGCAUCAGGAAGUUCAUUAACAGUCAGUUCGUCUUGAAGACACGGAGGGAAAUGAUGCCUGAGUCUUGGAAGAAUCAACCAAUGCUUAAACUCAGAGGUCAGAUGAUGUGGAUGGAGUCGAAAGGCUGCAUGAUGUACCUGUGCUCCCCGAAACUGCGCAGUCUGCAGGAGCUGGAGGACAGGAAGAUGCACAUCGCUGAUAUCGCCCAGCAUGACACCACUCGAGACCUCAUCCUGCUGAACCAGCAGCGGCUGGCCGAGAUUGAGCUCUCCAACCAGCUAGAGCGCAAGAAGGAGGAGCUGCGCAUCCUCUCCAAGAACCUGGAGGUGGAGAAGAAGAAGACAGAGACGCUCCUCUACGCCAUGCUGCCCCGACAUGUCGCCAACAAGCUCAAGGAGGGCAAGAAGGUGGAAGCAGGAGAGUUCGAAGUGUGUACCAUACUAUUCAGUGACGUUGUGACAUUUACCAACAUAUGUGCAGCUUGUGAGCCCAUACAAAUCGUUAACAUGCUGAACUCCAUGUACUCUAAAUUUGACCGACUGACCAAUGUCCAUGAUGUCUAUAAGGUGGAAACCAUUGGAGAUGCCUACAUGGUGGUUGGUGGAGUCCCAAUUCCAGCAGAAACUCACGCUGAAUGUGUGGCAAACUUUUCCCUGGGCAUGAGGAUUGCUGCAAGAGAAGUAACAAACCCAGUCACUGGAGACUCCAUCCAGAUUAGGGUUGGUAUUCACACUGGGCCAGUACUGGCGGGAGUGGUUGGAGAGAAGAUGCCCAGAUACUGCUUAUUUGGAGACACUGUCAACACAGCUUCCAGAAUGGAAAGCCAUGGUGUACCAAACAAAAUCCACCUAAGCCCCACCGCUUACAGUGCCCUUAAAAACAAAGACUUUGAGAUCAGUGAAAGAGGUGAAAUUGAAGUGAAAGGCAAGGGGAAAAUGACCACAUACUUUCUCGUCCAGAACUUAAAAGCCACUGAAGAUGACAUAAUGGGCCGGGCAGCAGGGGACCCCUCCCAGCUGCAUCAAGAGAACGAGGAGACACAAGACGACAGCCAUGAUGCAGUGAACCCCAGCAGAAAGAGCAGUAAAGUGGAUUUACUGGGAGAUGAAAAAGAACAGGAAGUAGAGCUGUCAAAUGUAGAUGUCUUUGGCAGUGACGCUGUAAACACCAAAUUCUGUAUUUUGCUUUAAAAAAAUAGAUAUCUGGUACAAAUAUGAUAGCAAUAUGUAAGGCUGAUUUUUUUUAUUAUUAUUAUUAUUAUUAUUAUUAUUAUUAUUAUUAUUAUUAUUACUUAACAUAAAUACAGCCGGUUUAGUUUGCUUCUGAUAAAUUACUGAACACACUGCAUAGAGCUGCAUGAUUUCUUUAAGAUUUCUUCAAUGAAAAAGAUACCAGUUGCAUCAAGGUCAGAAAUAUUUCUGCUAAAGAUUGCUCUGUCGAGUACAAGAAUGGGAUAUUUCACGUGUAUGUAGACAUUUUUACAUGUAUCUGUUUUUUUUUUGUUUGAAAAUUCACUGAUGGUGAAAAUAGAAUGUCUUUAAAUGGUGGACAUAAAAAAAAAAAUUCUACAAUUUAGCAUUUUUGAGAAAAUGAUAAUUUUUGAGUGUGACAACUCUAUUUCUGCUUUAAUAAAUAUAAUGUUUAAUUGUGAAAUAUCUUGUAAUACCUAGAUUUAGACCGUAGAGAGCCGUGAAGUAAGCAAUUUUUACCGUGAAAUUAAAAUACAACCCUAGUUAUAUGCAUAUACACAACAUUUAGAUGUGUCUGUCCACUGUUCUGUAUUGUACCCGGUCUACCUGUCUAUCUCUAUGUGUUUCACUAUUCUCCAUAACAAUUUUGGGACAAAAUCCCAAAUCUGCAGCUGUAGGUGCUCCUAUAAAGAGACAGCAAAAUAAAUCAAAUACAUGUAAAUUUUGCGACUUAAAAAAUGGUUACUGGUAGUAUUAAGCAGAGCAGAGUUGGAAAAGUAUUUUGGAAAGGUAAAAUAACCAAAACCCCUGUAUAAACGUCCAUAAAAUCUGUGGCUGUGCACAGUUCUGUGUACAGAAUAACAAAUUGUCAGUCAGUAUUUAUUUGAUUGCUUUAAUGCCUGCUCUUACAACUGUGGACCAUCUGGUACAGAUAGACACAUGCUGGGACAGAGCAGGCUUUUUUAGGAGAUGCUUCAUUUGCACCUGCUGGCUACAUAUGUAUCUUAUACACAGACAGCUGGCUUACAGACUUUAAAUUGCUUGCAUAGUUUGUCUUCCUGCAUGUGGUUUUAAAAACAUUAUCAUGAUUUUAAAAUGUCAUGACACAACCAUUUAAAUGGUAAUCGAGCAAUUAGAUCCAGUUAAUAGAGACUGGCAGACAUGUCUUAGAAAUUAGAUCUGUGGUGUCAGGCACAAAGCAAUCCAUCAAAGCUUUCAAGGUGUGUUCUUUACAAUAAUUUGACAAAUGGGGGGGGGGGGGGGGUUACAA